AUAAAAAUUGGCGAUAGGGCAUGUCACCUGACUGGAUCGGUCAGAUGUCCGGUUUGUUCUGAAGGAAAUCUAAACUUUCUUCUAUACUCAUCCCGUUACUGCAAUAUCAAUAUCCUUGCUGUUUUAGCGAUAAAUAAACAGACUAAUAAUACAGAAACACUAUAUCAGCGGUGCAGAUGCCACCUUCCACUGCACCCACGCGGCGCCAGUAUUCAAGUUGCGAUGCAUGCCGACGAUCGAAACGGCGUUGCUGCUUGCCACCUGAGAACGAUGGGGACCCUCACUCAGUAUGCACUAACUGCAAGCGCAUAGGAUCACCUUGCACUUUUGAUUUUGCCAAAUCUCACUCACGGGUAUUAACGCGAAGGAGCCGAAGGCGUCUUACACCAAGGGCUAAUUUGUCUGGGAAAUGCGAUGAGUCAACAAGCACCUUAGCAAACGGGGUUGAUGCAGUCCAUGACAGCCAACCUGUAGCAGAUCAGGACAUUCUGACGUCUUGGCUUAACAUUGAUCUUGAUCAUUGUCUUGAUGAAAAUUCCACAUCUUUUCUACACAGCACGGAAUUCCCAGACAUACUUGCGGAUAACGCAACAUUAGCACGACAUCAUGAUGGGAUUGCCACUUCUCUUUUGACGCAUCGCUCGGACUCAGUACAGCAUCUUGUUCUGUAUAAUACACGCCUUAACAUCGGUAGCUCGCCUAGCAGUCCUCUCCAUCUGCUUAAUUCUAAAUUGAGCGCAACGAUACUUGAUCAAUGCCUGGCCCGCAUCCAUGAUACGAUCGUCACAGGUUGCGCGUCCAGGUUUAUAGGCUAUGAAUGCAAUCUAUACAAACCUCGACAUUGCUACCGGUUAGAAGAUGGUGACUGCGGAAGCCCGCAGGAUCAAAAGCCUGUGCAACUAGAUCCUAUUUCAAAAGAAAACGUAUCUAUAACGCAGGAUGCUAACUACAGAAUGACAAUAUUGGGGGCCAUUCGUUUUCUAGACCAUUUCAGCGACCUUUAUGGCAACAGACUGACGGUCCCUGCUCGAAGAAAGUCAGACGCUGUUUUGAAAGCGGUGCUCAGAGCAUUCUCGCUUCAGUGGCUCUCUCCUAUCAAUUCUACCACCGGGGUUCAAUUGACAAACAACCAUAACAGUGCUGUUAGCAGAGACACGCCCCGCGAUUCAUCGAUGGACGCUUUCUAUGACAGCUGGUUUCAAGCACGAUCGCUUAUCAAUAGUGCGCUUUCUGUUCCAUCCUUCAGAGUCAUAUAUGCGAUAUUAAUGUUCGAUGGUAUUUCAAUUCCAGCGAAGGCGAGCGGCGAGACUCUCGUAGCCCAUGAAUUUCUUGAUGCGGGGUUGCAGAAGCUGAAUUGCUUGACUGGGCUUGUUGAGCAAUACUGUAUGAACCUGGGGCCGCAUUCUAUAUAUGGACCUGUAAUGGAAACCAGCCUGAGCGUAGUGCGAUGGUGUGGUCAUGUCCGUGAUAUAGGGGCAGCACUCACAGCAGAUCACGUAUGCAAGCUUUCUGACGUUUCAGGUAAUGACAAAGGUCAAAUGACUUCUUCCAGAUACGAGCCAAUGUCGCCUUCUCGUUUUCAUCGGAGCUUCAAUCAAGACUUUGAUGACAGUGUCCCCGGUUUAUGUCGCGCAGCAGCCGCGGAGGCUUUCCGUGUCUGGAAACACAUAGUUUCAAUAAAAGGAUCCCUCUCUAGCCCGAUCAAGAAUGACAUUGGAUCAUUUCCAAACCUAUCUGCGGAUAUUACCUCGAUGAUCACAGCAGUUGGUAAAUUCAAGGACGUGUUUGGCUCUUCCUUGGACCUUUGUAUAGGAAAUAUUGGAUAUCUUUCCAUGCGCUCAAGAUUGUCUUCUGUCUCCAUUUUAAUGUUCUGGAACCUCGGUGUCUUUGUUCUGAUGGAAAGUCUGAAACCUACUAUGACGGGGUUAAGCCCACCUUGCAGUCACAGUAUCUUUUCAAGACUACAAACUUUCACCGAGGAGGCUGCUUUAUCAGUAACACGGAUAGCAGAGCGCGUGCUCUCGCUUCCUUUCGAGGAGAUGUUCAACCUCCAGAACGGCAUUAGUGCUGAGGCUUCGGCACUCUCCUACCAUAUCACCCCUACACUAGUAGCGGCUACCUUCCAAAAAGCUAUCGAGAACAUACUUUGUUUGCAGUUAUGUUCGCCUCGUGGUGUGGGCACCCUAAGUCUCCAUGCUGACUCCACCUGGAAACAACAUAUCGACGCCAUCCUGAAAGCCCUUGUUUCACUUGAUGCUACGAUUGGUGGAUUACAGGCCUCAAGCUUGGCAAUACAAACUCUAAUGCGAAAUCAUGGGGAUAUUAUAUCGGAUUGCUGGUCGUGCGACUUUGAGACUUGACCACUGUUUGACCUCAACCAUGGCCUAUAACAAAGGACGGAACCAAAGCGGUCGAUACGCUUAGGUGUACCUCCCCAAAGGCUCAGUACACCCUAGAAGAAAGUUCACAUCUUCUAGCUAACUGCAUCCAGGCCACGAUCCUUUCGGUCAGAAAUCA